AUGGAUGAUAAUUUUACAAUUGCUCGUGCUGAACUUGAAAAAGUAGCAACUCUUCAAAACUUACUCAUGGAUUUAUCGGAUAGCAAUGUGAAUGAAGUUACUCAAGUUAUUAGCGAAGGAACUGUCAAAGAAAGAUUCGUUAGAAAAUUUAUAUUUGAAAUUGCGCAUAUUAGAACAUUGUUUAUACAUCAAUACGCCAAAUUAUUAUACGAAUUAAGUAAAACGCAGCAAUUUAAUGAUAUUUUAAGCAAUUUUUGCAGCAAAAACCUUUUAAAUCAUAAUAGAGAAAGUGUAAUACCUUAUUUCAAUGUGCACUUUCUGUUUGUACUUUACAAUGACGAAUAUGUAAGUUGGGAUUCAAUUCUUUUUUACAUUAAUUUUUAUCCACCCAAAACAAUGGAUAAUGUUCCAUUGUAUGAAGUUUUCUAUAAUGAAUUACAAUCGAAAGAACCUGUCUUGUUUCAAAGUUUUCAUGAUUCAUUUAUUCUCAACAUUAUUGACAACUGGAAGCACUACAAAAUUAUUCAAGACAAUAAGAUUUUCACAGAAUACGUCUUAUACGGUUAUCCAAAGAAUUCUAUUGAAUAUUCUUUAAAAUAUGAUGACCUUAUUGCUUUCCAGGUGCAUGCUAAUAGUAUUAAUUUUAAUCCAACCAAUUUAACAAGUGUUUCAGAAUUUGAGCCUUCAAAUUUAAACUCACAAUUAGAAUAUCCACAGUUUGCUGCUUAUUUUGGCGCAAUUAACUGCUUUAAGUAUAUGAUAAUCAAUAAGUUUCCAAUGAAUAGAUGCAUUAGAUAUGCAAUUCAAGGAGGAUCUUUAGAAGUUUUGAAAUUAUCUUUAGAUUUCGAUGAAAAGUUUCAAUCAAAGCUACUGCUGAUUGCCCUUAAGCAGUAUAGAAAUGAUGUUUUUGAAUGGCUAUUAGAAAACAAAGUUUCAGAAAAAAGAAGAGAAUCAAUUGAAAUUCAAAUAUUUGAAAAAGCAUGCAGCUACGGAAAUGCUUAUAUAAUUUUAGAUUAUAUUGAUAAAGGAUUUACUCUAAAUGCAGAAUUACUUGAAGAUGUCGGUAAAUUGAUCGGGGAAAAAGCGGAUUAUUUCUACUGCGAUAGAUUUUCCAAAGUUUAA